UUGAAAUGGAAGCAUACAAUUCUCAUAUGAAAAUCAAUAAAUAUUUUUUAUGUGCCACGGGACUAUGGCCAUAUCAAUCGAAAAGAACAAGAAAAAUAAUUUCUCUUUUUAUUUGGUUUAUACAUAUAAGUUUUUUAAUACCACAAUUACUGGCUUUAAGAAAUAAUUGGGGAAAUACGGAUAUUUUAUUUGAAUGGCUCCCACCAUGUUUUGUGAAUGCUGUUAGUUUAAGUUGUUUCACAGCUGCUUCAGUUCAUAGAAAUAAAAUAGAAUUAAUUUUAUCGAAAAUAAAAGAGGAUUGGUUGUUCUGUGAAUCGGAUGAAGAAUUUGAAAUUUUGCAUGAAAAUGGAAUUUUAGCACGAAAUUUGAACAAUGCAAGACUUGUUUUCUUUUAUAUGGCAAUGCUACAAUUUCUUACCGUACCUCUAAUUCCAAGUUUUUUGGAUGCAAUAAAACCGUUAAAUGAAUCUCGGAUAAGAAAACUUAUUUUCCCUACAGAUUAUUUAGUUGAUUCAAAUAACAAUAAUUAUUAUACGAUAAUAGCGAUACAUCAUUGGCAUGUUGCUGUUAUAUUGAUUACAAUUAUUUUAACUGUCGAUAGAGUCUUUAUUUUUUUUAUCUACCACGCUUGUGGACAAUUCGAAAUUUUAGGAUUAAAAAUGAAGAACCUCGUAAAUAUAGAUUACAACAUUGCUUCUUAUAAUGAAAGAAAUGUACAAAAAAGAAUUAAAUUCUGCAUUGAGAGGCACAAAUCAGUUCUAGUGUUUGUCAAUCAUAUUAGUGAUUGCUUUUCAGCGACAUAUUUUUUGGGUUUGGGAUUCAAUAUGUUAGCGAUGAGUUUCACAGGAGUUCAGUUGGUGAUGAAUUUGGAUAAUAUUCGAGAAGCUUUAGCAAUUGGUUCAUUUACUUUGGGUCAAGUACUUCGUCUAUUUACUUUAACAAUACCAAGUCAACGUUUAAUCGAUCAAAGUUCUCUAUUGUCACAAAAUAUAUAUAGCAGCUGCUGGUAUAAUUUAUCACCAGAGUCAAAAAAAUUGUUGAAAAUAAUAAUGAUGAGAUGCAUAAAUCCCUGCACAUUUACAGUGGGAAAAUUAUACACUUUUUCGAUGAGAAGUUUUGGUAUUGUGAUAAAAUUAAUUUUAUCGAAAAUGAAGGAUGAUUGGCGAUUUUGUAAAUCAGAUUCAGAAUUUGAAAUUUUACAGGAAAAUGGAGUUCUAGCAAGAAAUCUAAACAAUUCAAGACUUGGUUUUUUAUUCAUUUCUUACAUAUAUAACACAAUGGAAACAUAUAAAUCUUAUUUGAUAGUGAAUAAAUAUUUUCUAUGCGCUAUCGGAGCUUGGCCAAAACAGAAAAAAAUAAAAAAAUGGGCAAUUUCUAUUUUUGUUUGGAUCAAUCUUUUGAGUUUUCUUGCUGCACAGAUUACAGCUUUAGUAAAAUUUGGACACGAUUUUGAUAUAAUUAUAGCUACACUACCACCCUUUUUUUCCAAUUCAAUUAGUAUUGCUUGCCUUGUGGCAAUUUCUAUCAACAGUGACAAGAUGAGAAUAAUUUUAUCAAAAAUGGAAAAACAAUGGAUUUAUUGGGCAACGAAACCAAAUGAAAUUGAACUUGUUCGUGAAAACGCUGACUUGGGCAGAAAAUUGAGUAUUAGAUUUAUAGUUGUAGUUUAUGUUAUUAUGAUUGAAUAUCUUUCGGUGCCAAUUAUUCCUAUAGUAUUGGAUGUUUUUAAGCCAUUAAAUCAAACUCGAUCAAGGAGACUGAUUUUUGUAGCAGAUUAUUGUGUAAAUACAGACGAUUAUUAUUUUUGGAUAUUAUUACACGCUAUUAUUGGAUGCGUUACACGUGUAACUGUUUUUUUGAGUAUUGAUUGUAUUUUCAUUGUUUUCAUAUAUCAUGCCUGUGGACAGCUUGCAAUUUUAGGAUUCAGAUUAAAAAAUCUUGUGUCAAUUGAUUAUGAUCAAUCAACAAAUGAUGAGGAUGUAAUGAAGAGAAUUAAAUUUUGUAUUAAAUUACACAAAUCAAUUAUAAUAUUUGUGAAUGAUAUUAAAGAAUGCUUUUCAACUCCAUAUUUUUUUGCAGUUGGAUUGAAUAUGUUAAUGAUGAGUUUUACAAUGAUACAGAUGAUCAUAAAUAUUCACAGUCCAAAAGAUGUUUUUGCUUUUCUUUGUUAUGCUUUUGGACAAAUGUUUAUGCUUUUAUGUCUAACGCUUCCAUGUCAGCGUUUAAUUGAUCUUAGCCAACAAAUACCAACUAAUAUACACAAUGGAUUUUGGUACAAAAUGUCUAUAAAAUCACAGAAAAUGUUGCUAAUAAUAAUAAGACGAUCGGCAAAUCCCUGUACAUUUACGGCUGGAAAAUUGUAUACAUUUUCAAUUGAAAAUUUCGGUGCUGUUGUUAAAGCAUCAUUUUCUUAUUUAACUGUUUUAUCAUCGGUUAGAGAAUAAAUUUGUUCAGUUUUUGAAACAUGAAUUAAUUUUUUGGUAUUAUGAAAUUUUGCGCCCUUUUUUUAA